AUGUCCAUGAAACUUAAGGGAUCAGCCGUCGAAACUGAAAAAUGUGGCACAGGCUUGGGAGCAGGUUGGGAAUGUGUAUAUGGGCCAGGUUCAUCGGUUGGUGGACUUGUAUCAGAAAUCGCAGCUGAAAUUCCUGAGGUAGCAGCGGAGGUUGGACCGUUUUGCAGGUGUGGCUGCGUAGUACACCUUGGUAGAGCUCGGCCAAAAAGGCUACUUGCGACGUCAGCCCAGAGCUGUCCAGGCAGAACAUUUUGGCUAAUCCAGGCUGAAGAUGACUGCAUCGUGGAGUUCCGCGUGGAUCAAUUCCGCUUACCUUGCGGCACUCAGUGGCUGAAGGUGCGCGACGGUCCGGCAAUUUCUUCAACGUUGGUUGCAGCACUCCCUGAAGACGACCACGCGGCCGUCAACUCCUCAGGGCCGCACCUACUGCUGGAGUUCUAUGCUGAAACUGAAGACCCAGCCGAAACGCAGGCAUAA